ACUUAAGCGGUUAUGCCGCUAUUUCGUGGGUUGCGUUAGCAGAAAGGGUUGGCGCUCGGGUACUCUCAACUCUCAAGUUCGAAGUUCGAACAUCCAUCUAAAACUGGAAACAUUCCCGCGAUUCAACCCUCUCACCAUUUUGUAUGUAUCAAUCUGUCUUCCUUCCUCCCCUCAUUUCCGGUUGCUCUGCGACGCACCAGAAGGACUCGAUGUCAGUAGCUGCUAACUGGUAUUAACGUGGUAACUUAAAGAAUUAGGGUUUAUGAGAUGGUGGGGAUGAGGGCGAUGGGUUCCAGAGAGAAGGCCGCGAGUCUCCUUAGUUCGGUCAAGUUCUCCAUGGACAUACCUUCGAAGAUCGAAAACCUGCGCCAAUUAAAGGAGGUUUUGUUGCAGAGAGAUCCUUCUUUGCUGACAGAGUUCGUGCCUUUUCUCGUCGAAUUGCAAACGGACCGGUUCAGCCCCGUUCGCAAGUUUCUUGCGGAGAUGCUUGGUGAAAUCGGGAUGGAGCACRUUGAUUUCUUACCCGAAAUCAUUCCUGUUUUGUUGGCUUUGCUGAAAGAUGAGACACCAGCUGUUGCUCGGCAAGCAAUCUCUAGCGGAAAUGAUUUAUUCCGUAACACUCUUGAAAAGGUUGCGAUUAAGGGUCUCUAUUCAAGUGAAUUGGAUGAUUCACUUGAAUCUUCAUGGGCAUGGAUGCUGAAGUUCAAAGGCACAGUAUACCCAAUGGCAUUUCAGAUCGGAAGUGAUGGGAUUAGAUUGCUAGCAGUGAAGUUUGUUGAGGCGAUGAUUCUUCUUUAUACCUCAGAUCCUAACAGUUCUUCAGAACCACCUCUUCAUCAAGCCUGUGAAGGAAAAAUUGUAGGAUUUGAUAUAUCAUGGUUGCGUGGGGGUCAUCCGGUGCUUAACAUUGGAGACUUAUCAAUUGAAGCCAGUCAAAGCUUGGGAUUAUUGCUUGAUCAGCUUAGGUUCCCCACAGUGAAAUCUCUCAGUAAUUCAAUCAUCAUUGUGGUUAUUAAUAGUCUUUCAGUUAUUGCAAAGAAAAGGCCUGCAUUUUAUGGGCGCAUUUUACCGGUUUUACUUAGUUUGGAUCCAUCAAGGUCUGUUACCAAAGGGGUGCUGAUUUCUGGUGCAUAUCACGCUCUGAAGAAUGCUUUCCUCUCUUGCUUGAAAUGUACACACCCUGGUGCUGUGCCGUGGCGGGAUCGUCUGGUUAGUGCCCUUAAAGAAAUGAAGGCAGGAGAAUUGGCAGAAGAAGCUCUUCAACAAGUUAGAAAGCUUAGUGGACAUACAGAAGAUUGGACAUGUGAGUCGUAUCCCAUCAAGGAAGAGAAGCCUUUAAUGAAAGCAUGUGAUGCAGCACUGAUAGAUCCGGGGAGGAAAAGACCCAUUAUUCAAGAUAUCAGUGAUAUGGUAAAAGAUGAAGAAGCAUCUGGCAAACGAGCCAGACCAACACCUACUGUCUCGGAGGAGUCCACUAAAGAGCCACAGAAGAAAUCUGAUUUAAACCAGGAUGACAAUCCUUCGAUUGGAUCAAGGGCUUCCACUGGAGAUGGACUUACGGGACCUGUGCAGCAACUUGUUGCUAUGUUUGGUGCCUUGGUUGCACAAGGAGAAAAGGCUGUUGGAUCCUUGGAGAUACUUAUUUCAAGCAUCUCUGCCGAUUUGCUAGCUGAAGUAGUAAUGGCUAAUAUGUGUCAUCUUCCGUCAACUUGUCCAAAAGCUGAUGGGGAUGAUGAGCCUGUGAUAAACAUUGGCUCUGUCUUAAGCAUGGUUGGUGGAAAUACCUCACUCUUACAGCCAUCAUUGUCAGAUGCUUUUUCACUUUCUAGUGCAUUACCGAAGAUUGCAUCACUGUUAAAUGCUCAACCAUCAAUAUCACUUGAUGUAGUGAAACCUCAAUGGGAGGAUGAACAUCAAACAGAUGCUAUAACUGAUAGUGCUUCGUUAUGUGUAGUAAAUGAUGUGACUGAAGCAUCAACUCCAAUUAGUGAAUCGGUUUCUUCUGAUGUUGUAGUUCCAUCUGGAGUGGAGAAGAGCAGUUCAACUAUUCUUUCAGUGAUACAUGAUAUGGGGAAUCUGGAUGGUGAGAUACCUGGUCUAGAUUCUGCCACCCGUAGUGAUGUGCCUGAAACACUAGAUGCUUCUCAUCUGUCCUCCACUGACUUACUAAGUGCAGAUCAAGAGCAAGUUACAAGUUCUGAUAGAAUGCCCAUUAUGGAUAAUCCUUUGUCUGGUUGCAUUCCAACUGGGUCUGAGGAACUAAGCCCAAAAGUGGCCAUUGCAGAUUCCAAUAGUAGCAUAAUUCAUGCAACAGCAACUUCUGUGAGUUUGCCUAACCAUUAUGUUCUUCCUAAGAUGGCUGCACCUGUAGUCAUCCUUACUGAUGAACAGAAGGAUCAUCUGCAAAAAUCUGCAUUUUUGCGCAUUAUUGAAGCUUACAAACAAACAACAGUAUCGGGAGGAUCACAAAUCCGCUUUUCUUUGCUUGCUUAUUUGGGUGUAGAGUUUCCUUUGGAGUUAGACCCAUGGAAACUUAUUCAGAAGCAUAUAUUGUCAGAUUAUACGAACCAUGAGGGGCACGAGUUGACGUUACGCGUCCUAUACAGGUUAUUUAGUGAAGCAGAGCAGGAACAUGACUUCUUCUCUUCUACUACUGCUACCUCAGUAUAUGAGACAUUUCUUUUGACUGUGGCUGAAACACUCCGAGACUCAUUUCCAGCUUCCGAUAAAUCAUUAAGUAGGUUGCUUGGUGAAGUUCCUUACCUUCCAAAGACAACUCUUAAAUUGUUAGAGUGCUUAUGCUCACCUGGAAGCAACGAAAAAAUUGACACGGAACUACAGAGUGGUGAUCGAGUUACUCAAGGCCUCAGUGCUGUAUGGAAUCUGAUUUUAUUAAGACCUCCCAUUCGAGAUGUCUGCUUGAAGAUUGCUUUACAGAGUGCAGUUCAUCCUUUGGAAGAAGUAAGGAUGAAGGCAAUACGUCUGGUAGCUAACAAACUUUAUCCUAUAUCAUCAAUUGCUCAACAAAUAGAAGACUUUGCUAAGGAAAUGCUGCGCUCAGUAACAAAUGGUGUUAAUGUUUUGGAAGGAACAGAUGCAGAAGGAUUGCCUAGUGAAGUGCAAAAGGAUGCUGAUUUGGAGAAACCUGUGAAUGAGCAGCCUUCAGUCAGUGCCACUACUAAAGAAAUUUCCUCCGAUACUCAUCAAUCAAGCACAACUGAAAGUAUUCCAUCCUCAAUAUCUGAGGCACAACGAUGCAUGUCCUUGUAUUUUGCCCUUUGUACAAAGAAGCAUUCACUUUUUCGGCAAAUUUUUGUAAUAUAUAAAAGCACACCAAAGGCAGUAAAGCAGGCAGUUCAUCGGCAUAUUCCAAUACUAGUUCGUACUAUAGGUUCUUCACCUGAGCUUCUUGGCAUCAUUUCAGAUCCACCAGCUGGAUGUGAGAGCCUCUUAAUGCAGGUUAUACGUACUCUAACGGAUGGUGCAAUUCCUUCACCAGAACUUAUACUUACUAUAAGAAGAUUGUAUGAAUCAAAACUGAAGGAUGCGGAAAUUCUCAUUCCAGUGUUGUCAUUUCUGUCAAAGGAUGAGGUUCAAUCAAUAUUCCCCCAACUUGUGAAUCUUCCACUGGAUAAAUUUCAAGCAGCACUUGCUCGUAUUCUCCAGGGAUCACCUCAUUCUGGUCCAGCCCUUUCUCCUGCUGAAGUGUUAAUUGCAAUCCAUGGGAUUGAUCCUGAGAGAGAUGGAAUAAUCCUGAAGAAGGUAACAGAUGCAUGCAAUGCUUGUUUUGAACAACGGCAAGUAUUUACCCAACAAGUUCUUGCAAAGGUUUUGAAUCAGUUGGUUGAGCAGAUUCCUCUCCCCUUGCUGUUCAUGCGUACUGUCUUACAGACAAUUGGUGCAUUUCCAGCUCUGGUAGACUUUAUAAUGGAGAUACUCUCUCGCCUUGUAAACAAGCAGAUAUGGAAAUACCCAAAGCUAUGGGUAGGAUUCUUGAAGUGCGCUCACCUGACACAGCCUCAAUCAUUCACUGUGUUGCUUCAGUUACCAGCAGCGCAGCUUGAAAAUGCUCUAAAUAGAACCGCAGCACUGAAGCCUCCUUUAAUUGCUCAUGCUAGCCAGCCGAACAUCCGUUCCUCUCUACCCAGGUCAACAUUGGCAGUCCUGGGAAUUGCACCUGAUUCACAGACUUCAAAUCAAUCACAGGCAACUCAAGGUCAGACAGUGGAUACAAGCAACUCUGGCACUGAGGUGACAGCAGAAAAAACUAGAGAAUCUUCUACUGGCAGUUGAACCUUGGUAAUGUAGGAAUAGAGUUCUGCUUGCUAGAAAACUGAUUUGUUGGUUUUGGCAAAGAGUAACACCUCUCUCUCUCUCUCUCUCUCUCUCAAGAUGAACAUGUUAGAAUUUAGAAAUAUGGUAUCACUGAGCCUACUGAAGAGCCAAGGUUAGGAUGGCCAAGAUAGCAGGGAGUCGACAUAGAUCCACUUUGCCAAAACUGGUAUAUGGAGGAAAAGAAGAAAUCGAUUGUUGUCGGGUUGAGCUUUGCACUGAUUGCCACAGCAGAAAGAGAUCCACUUGUAAAGGGAAUAUCUAUCAAAAGAAUGUAAAAUGUAUAUUAUGAUGGCUUCUUCCCUGUAAAUGAAAUUAUUUAAUCCGUGCCUCUUUCACUCCUUGUAUUUGUAGCAACUAGGAAGUAAUUUUUCAUGCAUGAGAAAAAUACAGCCUAUUCCAUUCAGGUGGCCUUUAUCAACUCACUGGGGCGUUUUGAUUGGUCAAAGCCGUUCCCGUAUCAUGUCUUUUUUCCAGCCGGCAGCAUAGAUUUUUCCUGGAAAUAGACAUCAAUAAUGGAAUAGGCUAACGGGUUGUACUUUCUAAGAUUUAUUUUAUUAUUAUUUUUUUUUCUAUGCA